AUGUAUAAUAAUCAUUUUGAACUAGUUGGUGAUGAUCUAUUUGUAAACUUUUUGAUGGAUUAGCCUUAGUAUUCAUUAAAUUAUAAAUCAAGAAACAAUUUUCCUCAUGUUAAUAGUAAUUCCAACAUUCAUUAUCCAUUAUGGGAUAAUGAUGUUCAACCUUAAUAAGAAUUUCUAUUGCCCAACUAAUUACAAUCACAUAAACUUAAUAAAAAAUACUAGAAAUAAUAGAAAAUCGAUGAAACUAUGUUCAAUCAAAAAAACAAUCUCAAGAAUACUUAUAUAAAUAAGAUCACAAAUUUAAUACAAGAAACAAAAUCAACUGUAACUCCUAAAUAUGAAAGAAAAGCUUCAAUCUACACUGAAGAUUCAGCUUAAGCAAAACUUAUUCGUAAUAGAGAAUGUGCUCGAAAUUCAAGAAAGAGAAAGAAGAUCUAUAUUGAAUUAUUAGAAACUAGAGUUAAAUCUUUAAAUGAAGAACUCGAAAAAUCUUAAAGAAUAAUUAAAGGACAAACAACUUGUUAAUAAUAAUUAGGUUCAAAUCAAUUAGUAUAUUAUAUCAAUUUACUUAGUUAUAAAAUUUUGUUUUAGGUAGAUAAUAAUUGUUUGAAAAACUUGAAUAUGCUAUUAAAAAUCAUACAGAUAAUAAUGAAAUCAAUCUCCUUUUAGAUUCUAUGAGAUUUAGAGUUGGAGGAGGAGGCAAAGAAAGAGUUAAUGCUUCCAACUAUUUCUUUUAAUAAAUUAUGGAAAUCUGCUUUCCUAUACAUGUAAGAUAUAUGUUGUGGGCAGCUACUUCUGAAAAUCAAGAACCAACUUGGUUUACUAAUUUAUCUAAAGAAAUCAAUCUCACUGAAGUAUAAAAUAAAUCAUUAAAAAAAUAAUAUAAAAGAAUUCAAUAAGAUAAAGAUAAAUUGGAAUAGUAUUUUUAAUUAUUUAACUUUUAGAUUAAUCAAAUAAUUCUAAAUUGUUAAAGAUAAUUUGUAUUUAAAAACUCAUUAACUCGAGAAUUUCAUAGACGAAUUAAGGGGUAUUCUAACUCCAACUUAAAUCGGUACAUUUCUCAUUGGUCUUGAAAAAGUAUCGCACUUUAUUAUAAUUUAUAAUAGAACAAAUUUUAAAAAGAAAUGAGUAUAUCUAAUCUCUGGAAAAUAUUUGAUGAAGAGUUCGAAACUGAAGUCAAAGAAGAAGAUUCACAACAGCAAGAUACUUAAUAAAAAAAAGUACAUUUAUGAUCUAAUCCUAACUUAAAUCAUUUUAUACAUAUAUUAUUUAUUAUGUCAACUGUUUUACCUAUAUUAAUACCAAAGAGCAAUAACAUAUUAUUACUAAAAGGUGAUAUUGGAAAACCAAAACCAAGUACUCGAAAUCUUCCAGAUGAUAAUUUUAGAUAUGGGAUAUAAAGUAAAAGAGAACCUAUCUAAAUUUAAUUUUCUAAUUUAGAAUGUGGAGAUCAAAUUAAAUCAUCUAUGAGAAGAAAUCAUAAAGUCUAAAGAUCAGACAUUACUUUAAUGACUCAUGGAAUGAAAAAUAAGUAUAAACAUGCCAUAUAAUAUAUCUAGACCAUAAACUCCAUUUGAUAAACUUUUAAAAUAAUAAUAUGCUUCUGAAGCAAAAGAACUAUUAGAUAAAAUAUAUUAGUAAAGAAUAAAUUCAGAACCUAAAAAACAAUAUAUUAAUAAAAAUAGAUCAUUUUCAUUAAGAUAAUAGCAUAAUACAAAAAAUUAACAGAAAAUCAUGUUUAAACUUUAGAAGUAUCAUGAUAUCAAAUCUAAAAUAUAUUAAUGA